UCUGCCAGAUACAGCUUUCUUCCCAGGCUGAACUGACCGGGAUACACAACAUGCACAACAGCACUGCCGGAACUCUGCAUGUGGCUGCAGCGUGUAAUGAGACUCGGCCCACCCAGUCACCCAGCUCUGAGUUUUCCCUGGGCGUGUUGGUGCUGCUGGCUUUCCUCAUGGUGUUGCUAUGUCUGGUCACCAUCCUUGGAAACAUCCUGGUGAUCCUUGCUUUCAUCCUGGACAGAAACCUCAGGCAUCGGAGUAACUAUUUCUUUCUCAAUCUUGCUGUUUCUGACUUUGCAGUGGGUGUGUUCUGUAUGCCUUUGUACAUCCCUUAUGCCCUGACAGGGACGUGGCACUUGGGACAAGGCCUGUGCAAGGUCUGGCUUGUUAUGGACUAUCUCGUGUGUGCAGCUUCAGUGUUUAGCAUCGUCCUUAUCAGCUACGACCGUUUCCUGUCAGUUACAAAAGCUAUAUCUUACAGAGCCCAGCAGGGAAUAACCUCCAACCCUGCCAUCAAGAUGGUGGCCAUAUGGGUCUUAGCCUUUCUCCUCUAUUGCCCAGCAAUCCUCUUUUGGGAGCACGUGGCCGGACACAGUGCAGUAGCGGCAGAUCAGUGCUACGCCGAGUUCUUUGACAACUGGUACUUCCUCCUGUGUGCAUCCACCCUGGAGUUCUUUGUGCCACUGCUCCUGGUGAUCUACUUCAAUAUGCACAUCUUCCACAGCAUCCAGAGGCGCCAGCGGCAAGGCAGUGUGCAGGACUGUGAGCCUCCAAGGAGCAGCAGCCUGUCCUGGAGAUUUUGCCCUUUGCCAAGGUCAGGGGCAUCUUCUCCUUCCUCGGAAACAGAGGACAGUGUUUCAUCGCUAACGAGGUCUUGGAGACCAGCAUUGAUGGCUAACUGUCCAUCUAGAACAGAAACCAGUCCUACAGCUCUCAAAAGGAACUUUUCUGUUUCUUUCCAUUCAAGGACUGGGUCAAAACUGCAGCGGGACAAAAAAAUCGCGAAGUCACUUGCCAUAAUUGUCUGUGUGUUUGCCAUUUGCUGGGCCCCAUACUCUUUAUUAAUGAUUGUUCGUGGGGCCUGCCAAGGAAAGUGCAUCCAUAACUCCUUGUAUGAAGCAGCCUUUUGGCUUUUGUGGAUCAAUUCCUCUUUGAACCCGUUUCUUUACCCUCUCUGUCAUAUGAGGUUUCGAAUGGCUUUCAUAAAAAUACUGUGUCCCAAAAAGUUUGCAACAUUGAGAUCAGGUAACACACCUUCUCUUUAGAGAGUUAAAAUAAAUGUGUUAACAAUUA